UUAUCUGCAAUUUCCUCUUCUUUCUUACGGCCAGACGUUUUGUUUUAAAGGCUGUUGUUUGGACCAAGAAGCUGGGUUGGGGUUUUGAUCUUCUGUUUGGAUAUUCUUACGACUAUGUUAGGUUCUUUAUUCAAGUUGGCUUAGUCUCUGGUUUAGGCCAGGGAUCUAGCUUUCAGUAAAUACAUCAAGAUGAGUCGUCCACAGGAUCCACACCGCCCUUUCUUCCCCUUUGGAAAUCCUUUCAAAAUGAUAUCAUCCAAGGGGUCUAAAUUGUCUCCAAGGCUUAAAUCACUACUGGAUGCGUUUGAAGAAACCUUGGCAGAGAGGCUGAGAAAGCUUAACCCGAAAGACAAAAAUGAUGUCCUCAGCUCGUCAUGGAUGAAGUUUGCAGUGGAGUCCCUUUGUGAGACUCAUAAUGACAUAAAAAUUCUCAUAACUGAUCUUGAACUCCCUGUGUGUGAUUGGGAUGAGAAAUGGAUAGAUUUGUACUUGGACAUCAGUGUGAAAUUGCUUGACAUUUGCAUUGCUUUUAGCUCUGAGCUUACACGUCUCAACCAAGGCCAUCUCUUGCUUCAGUGUGUCUUGCAUAAUUUAAAAUCAAACACUUCAGAGCAGUUUGUGCGGGCAAGAUCUUCACUUGAUAGCUGGAGACAACUCAUAAGAUCAAAGAACCCAAGAGUUGACAACUGUGGGACUAUCUUAAACGAUCUUGUAGUUUCUCUCAAUCUGCCCAAGGUUAAAAAUUCUGACAAAGGAAAGGUUCUGAUGCGUGCUAUGUAUGGAGUUAAAGCAGUGACAGUGUUUCUAUGUAGCAUCUUUGCUGCAGCAUUCUCUGGUUCUAUGAACAAAUUAAUAGAUUUGAAUGUGCCUGACACAUUCUCAUGGGCACAAGCAUUUUGUGCUUUGCAGAUGAAUGUAAAUGGGGAAAUUAGAAGUAUACUUUCCUGUGGAACAGGUACAGUUUUGAAGGAAAUGGAUGCAGUUGAUGUGAUUGUGAAGAAAUUGUAUCCCUGUAUCCAAGAUGGGGUGGCCCCUGGUGAUCUAGAAGUAUUUCAAAAUUCCAUUUCAGAUUUAGAAAGAGCUGUUGGUAAACUAUCACUGGGGUUGGAUGUUCUCACAAUGGAAGUAGAUAGCUUUUUCAAAACAGUUUUAACUGGGCGUGAUGCUUUGCUUUGUAACUUAAGAGUGGGUGGUACUGUCUCUGACCCAAUUGUAGCUGCAAGCUAGAAUACCUGUUUUCUUGUACACAAGUGGUAUAGGCAUGAAGUCUUUUACUGGUUGUAGGUGUGUGCCCCUUUUUUUAAGUCUUAUUGUAUUUGGUGAUGUGAGAAGUUUGCCUUGUUAUAUGGUAUUACAUCAAUGAUAUGUGUAUCAUGUUGUACUUUAUAAUGGAAAAAAUGUAAAUGGCUUUUAUUAUUUGCGCAAA